GUGGAUUGGCUGGGAGAGGAGAGAGCUGAGAAGGUAGCCAGGUUGAGGAUUGUCAAGAAGAAGAAGGUGAAGUUGGAUGCAGAGAGGAGGGAGGCAUUGGCAUGGCUGAAGCUUGCGAACAAGCAUGUAAGGGCUCUCAGCUGGCUGUGGCAGUACUAUCUGUGGAAGUGUUUGGAGAAUGAUGAGCAAUUCACAGUGCAGGUUGAACAUUUGGAGAAGGACCUUGAAGAUGAGGGAGAAUGGAAUAAGGAUGAUAUC